UUCUGCGUUCCUCGUCCGCCAUCACCUCACCGUCUGUCUUCCUCGCACGGUCAUCUGGGUGUUCGGCCAUUACACUCCACUGCUGAAUCUCUCAGUGCUCAUGGCCUCUUCCAAUGAUCCUGCGGGACUCUCCUGCAUACAGGAUUGGGGGUAUACGGAGUCCCAGUACGGAAUACAGGGACCAGACAAUGGAUCGCUCGGGACGCCUGCGGUUGGACAAGCAGGAAUGCACACGCAGCUUCCCUAUGCUUCUCGCGGGGACUGUGGGUCCUUGAACGGGACAGGGAGCGAAACCCAGUGGCCCUUGGAAGACAGUGUGGGUACACAAGUAUCGACUUCACGGCCUUUGGGGACACUGGGACAAGUGGGCACGCCUGUGGGGAGUGGGGUUCCAUCAUCGGACCCCACUUUGUCACAGGUUUCAGAACCUCGUGAUGUCACGGGCAGGGUGACACAUGUCCCACAAAGUGAUUGUGGGCCACCCUUACCUGGCUUCAGCACACCGAUUCAGCCCAUUGGUGGUUUCUCUUUCGGGGUCGGUGGUGAAGAUGACGACAUUUUGCGGGAGCGUCUAAGAAGGCGUGCCAUUGCAAUGGCGGAAGGGCAAUCAUCUACCGCAUAUUGUGCACAACAUUUGUCUUUCCACUCUGACGAAGCUCCGAGUGACGACUGUCGUGCUGCGUCUUCUGGUUUGUCACCCAUCACCUCUGUGAACCGCGUUUCUAGUGCUUCUCCGACGCAGAGGGGGGGGGCUGCCACCACGCCACCUCUGUCAGACAUGGGCGUCGGAGGACGUAGGUCGUCGUCAUCUCCGGUCCCUCAUGGCAGUCCGCAUACCCCUAGCGUGGCAUCUCAGCAUCAUGUGCCAUCAGAGUACUUGAUCAACCGACUAAUUCGGGACAUUGAGGAUGGCGUUUCCCCCUCUCCAGUUGCUGCAGACACUGCAGCGGCCUUCCCAGUCGGUGGCAAUGCAGCUGCCCCUUCACGAACACCUCCUCGCCGAUCUGUUGAUCCGGCGCCUGUGAAUCGCACACCCACCCGGGACGGUGGCCGCGGUGAAUGUAGCCAAAGCCCUUCGGGUGCAGUCCGUGAGGCGGGGACUUCUCCUGCUGCAGGUCCACAGGGACAGCAAGGUCGGGCAUUGGCACCUGAAAAGAAUAAGGACCGUUGGGGGGAGGAUGAGACUGCGUGGUUGUGCCGGUUCCGCAAUGAGGUGAAGUUGCAGAUGAAUGAGGAUACAGAGGCAUACGGACGGGCAGGGUUGAAGGGAAACUUCUGGAAGAACGUGGAGCUGCGUAUGAAGGAGAAGGGUUACAAUCGCGAUCACGAGUAACUGAAGUGCCAUGAGCGAUGGUCCGGACAGCCGAGCUAUUGGGACAUGAACAGCACGAAAAGGAAGAAAUAUAGUGUCGAUUUCGUAUUGCGUCGAAGUUGGUAUGACAUCAUCGACUCCAUUGAGAAGGACACGGACUCUAUAAACCUCACGUAUUUGAGGGACAGCGGUGACGACCCUCGGCGGCAGACGGAGACUGACGACAUGGCGGAUGCGGAUGGACAGACGGAGGGGGUGAGCGAUGACCCAGGCAGAGGAACCGGAGCUGCAUCCGGCGGGACACGAUCGACAACUUUCGAACCCACGCUCGGGAAGCGGAAAAAAACGGUUUCCAAUGCGGGUGAGGCCAGCUUGCAAGCGGUGACAAGCGCAAUGCGUGACCACACGACUCCGCUCACACGAUCCGAUCGAGAGUGCGCGAAGAUGCGCUGUGAAACCACUCGUGAUGUGGCAAAGCAACAGGCUGAACUGGCUACACAGCUCAUGCAGCAGGAAUUAGCUGGGCGUGAGAGGGUGGCCAACAUUGUCGGGGGUAGGGUCGAGAGUGGAAUGAACCGCCUGGCAGAUGCCAUUGUAAUGAUGGCAUCCCGAAGGAGGAGCCAUUCGCCUAAUGAUCCCACUCAUGAUGACUCUGAGUAAGGUUUUUUGGCAAGUCCACCCUGUGAGAAACUCAUUGCAGUCUCUAAGGGUGUUUCCGAGCUUGUCCACGU